GAGACCUCCACGUCGCAGAGACUCGAAAGAGAGAGACGGUGUAGGCGCGCUCGACCGAGCUAGUCUCUCAGUGUCGUUCCAGCCGUGGCUUCGUACGGUAGUAGAACGAGACUCGCGUCGAGAUAUCUCUGUCCACGUUCAAACUCUUUCGAGGAUUUUCGCGAUCAGUGGACGGAUAUCGUACACGCGCACGCAUCUCAUCACACACUUUCUCUAUCUGUCUGUCUAUUUAUCUAUCUAUCUAUCAAUCAUUUUUUCUUUUUUUUUUUUUCUCUUUCUGUUUUUGUCUGCGUUAUCUCCGUAUCUUUUUUCUGUCUUUCGUUUUUCGUCGAUUUCUCUUGACACUCGUCGAAGAUCGUUCUCGAUCGAAGUGAUCGAGUAUAUAUUAUCGGGGACACAUGCAUCAUGGGCUAGAUCGAGUACACUUGGCUCUUGGAGAUGCCGAGAGGAAAGACGCGUUCGAAGAAACUGGGUCAGUGGUGUUGAGUGUUCUGUGAUCGUUUAUUUCACCGGUGAACGAAAAAGAAAAAUAUAAAUAUAAAAAGAGGAAAAAAAAGAGAAAGAAUUAAAAACGGGGGAACGAGGUUCUUUUUUUUUUUUUCUUCUUUUCUUUUCGACAUAAGACGUGAAAUGUGUCCGACAUUGAGCUAAUGUAUCGGAGAAUUGGUGAAUAGGGUGAUAAGGUUCGAUAAGUAGCCUAUUAUUGUAAGAUGAGCCCGGGCUCUCAGGGCACCCUGGAGGUGGAGCGUUACAUCGGUAGCUGUUUGAUAUCGUCGAACGUUCGAAACGGAGCGCAUAAGGCGAUCCUUGGGAAGAAACAGGAUCAAAACAAUCUGCGUGGGAAAAAUACUAAAGUCUGUUACGGUGGACAGAAUUACGGUAGUGGUAACGAGCAAUGCUCGAUGCAAUACGGCACUGUUUCCGGUGGUUGGGCGGGUGCUCCACUGAUUUCGAUGACGUCCAGUCCUCGUAGAUGUAAUCAAGGUUUGUCACCUUCGUUGGGACAACAACAGCAACAGCAACAGCAUCAAUUGCAAACGCAGCAACAACAAUCGUCCCAGCAACAGCAAUCGCAAGCUUGCGAGCAGCAGCAGCAACAGCAGCAGCAGCUGAACGGACACCUGCACAAAAGUCCCCUCUCCAGACUAGCCAUUCACACGCAGGGAGCGCCGUUGAUUCUCGCCGGUCGAUUUCACAAUCGAGGAAAAAUACACGCUGGCAACGCCGUCGGCCUCGGCAACGGCGUUCCCAGCAGCAACCUCGCGGUUGGUGGUUACGUCCACGCUAAUGGAAACUCAUCGGCGAACUCGAUGAACGGUACGAUGAACAGUACGAUGAACAGUACGAUGAACGGUUCAACGAGCGGACCUACGCGAUGUCCAGUGCCACCGCGACCCAGGAGACCGAUGGAAUCUACGAAAAAGGUUCAGGCAGGAAAUGGAAAGGGGGAUUGUUCGAACGUAUCUAAAGAUUCUACGGGGACGAAUAUCGCGAAUAUCGAUUCGUUGAGUAUCGCUAGCGACGAGAGUUCCGGGUCGAACAAUUCUGAGAACAGUCUACCCCGAAUCAUAAAACCGCGGAAGCGUAGAAAGAAGGAUAGGAAACCUCCGAACGGAGGGAUAACAACGUCAUCGACGGACGGAAGUUCGACGACAACGACGACGACGACGACGACAACGACGAUGACGACGACGACGACGACGAAAUCGGAUGAACCUCAGCAGCAACGAACGAGUCCUAACGCCGUUAACGAACAGUCAGGCGUCGUCGUCAUGCCGUUGAAACCUUACGUAUCGUCUAGCUGUUACGAUCAUCAAAGAUACGAAAAUGGAUCGGUUCAACAAAGAAACCACAGAAGACCACCGAUCGGCAGGGAAAGUGUUUACGGCUCUUGUCGGGCGCAGGUGUCCUCCGUGCAGGCCAUUGCCGACAUCAGGCAACAGAGGUACGCGCAUCGGCACGUGCAAGUGAAAGUGCUGGACGACAACAGAAACGUCGUCGUGCCGGGCACGAUGCGAGCGAUUCAGUCGAAAGCUUACAGGCCGCACAGUCAUCAUCAUCACCACCAUCACCAUCAUCAUCACGUAGUUAGCAACAACAAUAACAACAGCAGCAAUAACAAUAAUAACAACAGCGUUGCGUCUCGUUACGUACAUCAGGAUUACACAGACGCAACUGCGAACUGCGAGGACGGUUUUACCGACGGAUUGGGACUUUGUCAGUGUCGUUAUUGCGAUCCUUCCGGAUUGAUUUGGGACGUAGAUCAGAACGGAUAUUCCCCUUAUUUAACCGCACCAACGUGUAACGAUUUUUGCCCUGCUAAUCACCAAUACCCUCAACAGACCCCAACGAUGUUUCUGUCGCGUGGCUCGUCUCUCGGUUGUCAAGAUCGACAGCAACACCGGCAUCAGCAUCAACACCAACACCAACACCAACAUCAACACCAACAUCAACAUCAACAGCAACAGCCAACGAUCGAAAGAUUAUUCGACGCGGAAUGUCCGCGUUUAACGCGUCCGGAACGCGAUGCCUCUAGCACGGUAAUCCUAAGGCGUAGCUGGAGCGAUCCGACUAGCUACUUCAGCGAAGAGAUUACCGCGCCCAGUAGAGACGUCGGCGUGAUCGGUGACAGAGGUCAAUCGGAGAACGGCAAACGUUGCGGAGGAACGUUUUGGCAUGGUGAUACGACGGCAUCCGCUGGCAUGGCCAACGGCACACCAAACGUAUCUUCAUCGAACGGUAACUUGGGUAAUUCAGCUAGCUCGCCCUCUUCUAAGGGCCUCGAGGUCUCCACGGAAAUUGUUACCUCGCCGAACGGGCAUCGGGACUUGGAAAUCAAGUUUUAUUCUCCAUCGCCAAAUGCACCGUCGGCAAAUGCGAUCGAGGAAGACAAGUCGUCGAUAUUCGUCGAGGAGGAAGAGGAAGAUUUCAAUGAUAUUUGGAGUUAUCACGAGUCGAAACUGCAAAAGGAUUUUCGAAGUUUGUUACAGGCGGAAGAGUGAAUAGAGAGAGACAGAGAAGAAAAAAUAUUGGACGAGCAUCGAUCGAACUUCCAUGUUUUAUUUACCUUUAAACGUGAGACAUGUUGACGGAGAAAGAAACAGAUAAAAAG